CAUACACAUUUUCUCUACCUCCUUCUUCACUCCAUUCCACCGCCGGCGACGUUUCUCCUUUGGUCUCUCACAAGCGCGCGACAACCUUCACGUUCACACACUCGCACGUCGCAAUUCUCCUCUGCUCCUUCACCGGCAAUCAGAGCGGCGAUUUCCCGAUAGCUACGCCAUUUCCUGAUCCCAUGCUUCUCAAGGUGGAUUGAUUGGAUUAGCUGUGGCAACUGUUGGUUUGGCCUCUGAGGCUGCUCAGUAUCUUGAGUGUUUGGGUUGCUAGGAGACCUCCUGGCUAUGCAUUCAUUGAUUUUGAUGAUACCAGGGACACCAAAUAUGCCAUUCAUGCAUUAGAUGGUAUUUUCUUUACUUAAAGCUAUGGACUUGAUGAUUGUUAGGAUAUACUAUAGGCGUGGUUGUUCUACCGUCUUAUGUUAUAGUGGUUUCAGUACAAUAGCCAGCGGUGGGACACUAACCGGUUUCAGUACAAUAAUUUUUACUUAUUUAUCAAAUCUAAAAUCUCUUAUUUAAAAAAAAAAAAGUCAGAAUAAGUUAAACUAACCUUCGUUGAGGGCUUUCAGACAAGAGUCUCUUCGGAUGAUAGUGUCGAGUUUCUUUUCUAACACAAUCUUUACUCCAUUAGUCCAUUGAUGUAGGAGGAGAAAAAAACACCCAAAAAAUAUGGUGCAACAACUCCUAUCUUCUCCUUCAAACUUCACCAUUGGAACCCAACUCCAAGGACCAACUUCUCUCUCUUCCCAUAAUUCCAUUAGCACAAAAGCUAGCCAUUUUAAGCUAAGCAAAAACUGGGUAUCCCAUGUUUCUUCUUCAAAGCUCUCGCUUUCUGUAAAAUGUCGACAAUCUUCAGAAUACUUUGACAAAUCCCCUCCUAGAUUCUCUCCCUCUUACUCUGCAAACCCCCCAACUCUUACUCCAGGUGGUGCACCUAAGGUUUUUGUGGGUCAUUCCAUAUACAAAGGGAAAGCUGCUCUUACCGUGGAGCCAAAAGCGCCAGAGUUUUUGCCAUUGGAUUUAGGUGCAUUUAAAGUUUCAAGGGAGGGUUAUGUACUGCUUCAAUUUGCUCCCGCCGCUGGUGUUCGUCAGUAUGAUUGGAGCAGAAAGCAGGUGUUUUCUCUUUCGGUGACUGAAAUUGGAAGUCUGGUGAGUCUUGGUUCAAGAGAUUCAUGUGAAUUUUUUCAUGAUCCAAACAAAGGAAAAAGAAAUGCUAAAGUAGCAGGGGCUGAACUAAGCCAGCAGGGAUUUGGAGCAAUGCCUUUUGUUUUGACAGAUACCACAUAUAUGCACCAUAGUUUGCCACACCCUUUUUCAUCCCAUCCAAAACUAGUCCUCACUUCGCUGCCAUCUUCAGGACCUCAACUUCUUAACUAUGCAUUUCUAGUUGCUGCUUCAGAAUAUAGAAGUUUAGCUCCGCAAAACAAAGCCUUAUUCCGAAAAAGAUGGGAUUCAUUGACUGGACCAAAUUCAGUUGUCGGUGGCGCCCUUGUGGUUCAUGAACUUGAGGAUGGCCUUGGAAAAGUUCCUAGACCUUUAAACAAGGAUAAUUCAGCUUUCUUUUUUAACUUUUCAAGAGUAAACAUGGAUAGUUCAUUAGUAGAUGAUCAUGUUGUGUUCUUUAAAUCAGUAGCUGGUGAUGGACUAUGGUUAUCAAUUUUGAUCUCCAUUUACAUUGUUUUGAUAAUCAGGAUAUGA